AUAGUAUCGAGAAUGAGGACCUCAAUCGUUGCCCUCGUGGCCGGAAUCGCAGCCUCGGCCAUCGCCCAGGAUGCACCAGACUAUUGUUCUCAGUGCGGACAACUCGACACAUUGCUGACGGUCUGCUCGUCGGCAUGGAAGGGCGCUAUCGGAGAGUGAGUUUCCCCCAACACCCUCAUAACUAUAAGGCACAAUUAGUCUUUUUUUCGUUACGACCCAAAAUCGAACCCCCUUCGGCCAAAAAAAGAACGAAACGCUGACGUCAUGAAUGAUUAGUUGCCAAUCCGCCCCUUGCAACUUCCGCUACGAUGGUGACCCAUACGCCCGCUGCGCUGCGGGCGGUGCCGGCGGCAGCAGUGUAGCCAACAUCCAGACCUCGGCCCCGGGCGCAACGAGCGUAUCCCCGCCGGCCUCCGCCACUUCGUCCGCUCCCUCGGAGCCCUCUAGCGCACCGAGCUCCCCCCAGUCAACCACUCCGGCCCCCGCCUCAUCUGUUGCGAUCACCACCUUCACUUCCGACGGAUCGACCUUCACAUCGCUCACCACUUCCGGUGCCGGUGCUGGUGCUAUUGGAACCGGGGGCGGGAGUGGAUCCGCUACCACUACCGGCGCCGGUGCUGCCACUAGCGGGAGCGGAACUGGAAGCGGAUCCGCUACUACCACUACUACCAGUGCCGCCAGUGGAUCCGGGACUUCGACUUCCACCGAUGGCGCUGGCGGUGGAGCUACUACUACCGAUGGUGCUGGCGCUGCCGGUAGUCCCACCACCACACCUCCCCCCACUACUGGGGAUGGGUCUGGUGCUGGUGCCAUCGCUCCCGGGUUCGCACUUCAGGCCGUGAUGGGUGUUGCUGGGUUGGCGUUGUACGCGUUGUAA